UGCAGAGUCAUAUAGGAAACCGAAAAAAAAGGGGGCAGUCCACUACGCCGCUGCCUCGCGGUCUGACCCACCAGGAGUACAGGUGAGCUGCAGGAGUGGACCAGCCAGGACUACUGCUGCAACAAACCUCUCACCUGCAGCCCAAGUCCACUUAUCUCUACGGGGUGAUUUGGGACGGGACCUGGAUCAUCGGAGGGAUUAGAUCAAGUUGCCUGUUUUGCACUUCAGAACCAAAAAAAAAAACCUCCCUCAACACAACAUUAAGUCUGAAGCCAAAACAGGCUCCACCAAACUAAACAUGAGCAAACUGGGAGAAAAAGUCAAGCAAACAAAGGGAAGAACCCGAGCAUAACUCCAUUCAAGACGACGCCUUCCGUCAUGAAUACAUACUAUAUUUGGCUUAGCGGGGAAAAUGAUGCGGCGGUCUGGCUUUAAUAUAUAAAAAGUGACACAAGAUCCUCCAAACGGUUGAAGCGUUUCGGUGCAAAGCCGUGUGUUUUUUGAGGAACCUCAACAGAGCAAACUAAUAUUCCUCGCGUGCACCUAACAGCGGGAAACUACCAUAUGCACAGCUCCCUUUAUGUCACACUGGAGUUAUGAUCUUCAAGAUAAAGAGCAGAUCUUUUUGGCUGAAAGAAAAAUAAUCUGCGGGCUGGAGAUUUAGAAGCAGACGGAGAGAAUGCUCGGGUGACCAAAAAUAGCGGAGGAGGAAGAUCUACGUCUGGGAAAAGAAAAAAAAAAGGAGUAUUAGAGAGAUGCAAAUAAGGAAGACUGGGCUGUUUUCUCUGCUUUCUUGGCCAAGAAGAGCUGGGAAAUUGCACAAUUUUUGUGGCGGUUGUCCAGUGGAAGUCAUCUGGGGAACAUUGCCUAGAGGGAGGCUUGGUUAGAUAGUUAGGGAAUGACACUUGAUGAAGACAAAAGCCAGAGCAGUUUUAUUUUCUGACAAACUUCAGCUGCCCACAUAAAACACUUGGACAGAUCCAACUGGAAAACCAGCCAGCCGCCAUUUUCGUAUUUUCUGUGCAUACCAAAACUUUUUUUUUAAUUUUUUUAAAAAGGACUGUUUCAUCUUAACAAGAAGGCGCCAACUGGGACAAACGCUCCCAUUUGAAGGGACUUUUUGCUUGGCUGCGGAAGAGUCACUUGAACUCUGGAGUUAAAGAAAAGAUGGAGAUGGAGCAAGGACACAUGUCUCUGCGUCGGGGAGUGAGCUGGAGUUCGGGAGGAUUGACGAAACCUCUCCAAGACACCUUAGGGAAAGAGAGCACAGACGUAACACCGGAAACGACAGGAUUCAAGACGGACCAAAUGAGCAGCAAAACAAAUUUGACCAGGAGUGUCAGCCUAUCCGAAAAGGAACUGAAAGAGGCUCGCCUAAAGAGUCACAUCAUUGCUGCUCAGCUCACUGUGCCUUCCAACUCCAGCUCCAGAGGCGUGCAACUCUUCAACCGGCGCAGGCAGAGAGUCACCGCCUUUACACUGGAAAGCAGCGGAGAGGUGUCGAAGGACAACAUCGCCAGGAAUGUGAAAGACAAUCCCUCAUGUAACAAACUGACAUGGGCAGAGAGGAGUCGUGAGGAGAAAGAUAGAGACUUGAACUUUAAGAAUUGCACUUCUAUCAAGCCGCCAUUAGUGCCUACUGGGAAUCUACCAGGAGCAGGUGAUAACAUGGAAGAGCAAGGUGACCAUUAUCAAAAAGAAGAUGACACUGAGCACACUUUUAUGCAAGACAGACAUUUCCUCCCUGUAAAGGAGGUGGAGGAGCAAGAAGAUGAGGACGGGGACGACAAAGUCAAGGAUGAGCUCCCACCUGGAAGAGAAAACACUAAUCCAAUUGUCAUGAGUCUUGUUGAAAGCGAAACGGAGACAAAUGAAGGUCACACGGUGCCACCUCCCCUGGGAAAACUUCCCAAUGGCUGCCAUAGUACUGAUGGACCCGAGAGGAUAUUUGUCUCUACAUCGAAGCAGAACACUAUCAUCAAUCGCACUGCCAGGCCUUUUUUCUCACCACUGACGGUGCAAUCCCAAGAGGCCACCAGUCCCGUCAUACAUAACCUCCCUGCUCCUUCUGCCUUUACUGCUCCCCAGCCAGUGGCAAUGUCACCUCCACCACCUCCUCCUCCGGCAUAUCCCACACCUCCCCUACCAGCCUUCACAAACAAGCCUCCAAAGACUGAAUACUCCACACCACCUGUCAUGUCUCAAACCCCCUCUCUUCCACCCCAAUUCCCUGUAUCUACAGCAUCUCAGACUGUUGCUUCGAUCCCAGUACCGCAUUAUGGACCCCCCACAGCCCCAAAGCCGUUUAGCUUUGUUCCCCAACCCUUUGUGGAAAGAAAGUCAACACCGCCGAUAAAAACAGGAAUACUUGAGGAUAAUGCUACCAGACGAGCAAGUAAAAAGUCAAUGUUCACGUUCAAAGAGAAGGCGGUUGUAGCACCGAACCCUGAGCUGCUCUCUUUAGUGCAGGGGGUGGAUGAAAAGAAGAAACAUAGACACAGAGGUGUGCCUGAACCAUCAUCUGAGGAGGAGUUAUUGGCCCUUGGGGCAGAGGCAUCCAACUUUCUUGCAAAAGACGAAGGCGAAGCUGAAGAAGCCAAAGCUCCAGAAUGGACCUCCUGUCUUAAGAGCUCCAGAACGUACACAAGGGUAGAGCAUAAACCAGAACACACCCUGAAUGAUGCAUCGGGAAAGGGUGCAGAGCUGUUUGCCAAGCGUCGGUCCAGAAUGGAGAAAUAUGUAGUUGAGACUCAGAACCCAGGUCACCAUAUAAGAUCGCCGUCUCCGACAAUGUCUCUGCCACCAUCUUGGGUUUACCCAUCAAACAUGCCAGGUAGGGUCAAGGCUAUUGCUAAAAACUCAGAUAUGUGUGCUCAGCUUGCGCACAACAUAAAGAUUCAACAAACCACCAAGCCAAAACCAAGACAAACAACACCAGCAUCAGAACAGGUUCAAGAGGCACCUCCCCUAGAGAAUGGUUGCUCCAAGAUAGAGAUGGACUUGUCAAGACACCGGCCCUACCAGCUUAACUCUUCCCUCUUCAUACUGAAGCCUGUCAAGGACCCGUUGAGUACACUACCCAAAGGAGCACCACAGUCCAGGCACCAGAUGUCACCUCAGUCGUUCUCUAGACAGACUUCCUUGCCCAACAACCCUGUCUCUCACUUUAGCGUCCCGUGUAAAUCUCCCUCACUCCCUCUUAGCCACACCACAGGAGCAGAGUAUCCAGCAUCAAGUCCAGCUUGUGGGCAGCCAUCAGCCGCUUUUUCUCCAGGCCGUGUGUCAUCUCCUCGGAUGGGAAUUCAAGCACCGAGGCCAAGAUUUUCUGCCAAAAAGGCAGGGCUUGAACCACAGAAACCGAAGGAGUUCUACACAGUUGAACCCCCCAGUGACACACAGCUUGGCCUCACCAAGAAGUCCAUCAGCACAGAUGGUCCAACAUGGACGUCCAGCCUUCAAACUAACCGCCCCUCCUCAACCACCCCCAUCCGAUCAGUCACUUCCCCUGUUCCGUUUUCCAGUAGUAGAAGCCAGUCUCCAAUGGGUCACCAAAAUGUCAAGCUUUCCACUCUUUCAUCCGUUUCCAGGCUACCCCAGACAUCCACAUCUCCAUGCUCCCCCCCAUGGGGAUCAAGGUGCCAGUCCCCAAUGGUUGGCCAGAAUGCCCAAUUUAACACCAAUCCAUCUGCUCAUGAUUACAAGCCCCAAACAUCAAAUUCUUCUCGUUCUCUUCCGUGGGGUUCAAGAUGCCAGUCCCCCGUAGUCAACCCGAAAUCUUCAAAUGCUCCGCACAUUUCAUCUAGAACAUCUACAAGCACCUCCCCACUCUCUCCACCUAGGGGAUCUAGAUGCCAGUCCCCUGUGGUGGGCAUGAGUAGCCACUUCUCUACCCUCUCCUCAGUUUCUUCAUCCAGACCUUUUCAAACAUCUGCAAAUGCAUCUCAGCAUUCUCCUCCUUGGAGUCCAAGGUGUCAAUCACCAAUGAUCAUUCAGUCUUCUAGACCUUCCAAACCAAUGACAACCACUUCUCCUGUCUCUCCACCGUGGGGCUCACGCUCCCAGUCGCCUGCGCUUUCUCAUAGUAGUUUGUCCUUCCCUUCUGCUCACCGUCUGUCCAUAUCCUCUGCAUCCUCUCCUCUACCCCUACCCAGGGACAGUCGCUGUAUGUCUCCAGUCAAUAAUAAUCUCGACUCCAAGGCCAAUCAUCGGAUCUUGGCAAAGAACAUCAUUAAUGCAGCCAAACGUAAAAACAGCCCUUCUCCAGGUGCACUGAGCGGUCACAGUCUUCCCAUAUCACCUGUGGGAUUUUCCCACCAUGGCUAUGAUUGCAAACCUCCCAUUAACUCCUUUCAGUCACAGCCACUGGGUGCCCGGUCGCCGACAUUCACCAGUCCCCCACCAACACCAACGCAGAGGAUCUGCUCACCUGUGAGGUUCUACAACACACGCUCCCUCACUGAUUCUGACGCCUCCAUUGAGUCAGAGGACUCGGGCCUGCGGUCACCUGGCAUGCAUUCUUACAAUACCUGUCCCCGCGGCUGGGGUGGAAGUUUGAGGGUAAAGAAAAGCGCCAUCUCUACUGACCUGUAAGAUCCUGAUAUUUGCUUCCAUAGACUUUACUGGCAUUAGACUUUUCUUAAACACACACAAUUACCGACACAGAUCUUGGACCAUGAAAAUGUUGUUUCAUAAUGCAAUUGGUAUUGUAUCUUAUGCUCUUACAAUGACAAGAACAAGCUUUUUACAUACAGUUGUGGUAGCUUGUACGCUUCCAGCAUACCAAAAGUGCACACUCAAAAUAACCAAAGAUAUUUUUUUGUAUUCACUUUAAAUGUUAUACUUUGCAGGCUCACAACAUGCAUACCUGGCUAUAGCUCAUUAGCAUUGAUAGAUUAGCUUUGAAUGUUAUAAUCAUUGUUUACUGGCCUGACAAGAGUCAUAAUGCAAAUACUUUUACAUUUCAAGACACAACAAAUGCUUGAAGUGAGGAAUGUGUAAAACAAACUAAUAAACUGUACGCUACUUUAAUGAAACAUUUUCAUUUUACUGUUCACCACAUAUUGGAGACUGUUCAUUUUUAUCAUACAGUAAUUGUUAAUCACAAAUGACUGAAGAAUUUAUCGCAUACUGCUAUUCUAGUUAAUAGAAAAUUGCAAUACAUAGUGCAGUAACCAGUGUAAUGUAGUGUACGUGUUUCUUGUUAUACUGCCUUUAUUCAAAUGAAUGUACAUUUUGCAGAGACGCAGCAGGCAUCAAGAAGGUAGUAAUGGGAGUUGAAAAGGGAUGUGAAUCAUUGAUACCCCAGUUCGAUUAAACUAGAAGAUCUCCUUUUGCUAUAUUUGCAAUGAACUUGUUUCAUAUGAUUUCCUAGAUUUUUAAAUGCUGUCUGUUGACAUGCAAGUUCAGGGGUUGAAGAAACUAGUAUGCAUAAGGAAUGAAUGGGCAUUUGACUAAUUUAGCUUGACUAUUGGGGAAAAUCAAAGAUCAAUCAAUCGGCUCUUGAUUUCUAAAUAUUAUUUAUUAUAAUAUUAUCGGAUUAUCUUGGAUUAACUCUUGUUAGCGAUAGUGUUGUAUUGACAUACUUGCCAACCCUCCCGAAUUUUCCGGGAGACUCCCGAAAUUCAGCGCCUCUCCCGAAAACCUCCCGGGACAAAUAUUCUCCCGAAAAUCUCCCGAUUUUCAGCCGGAGCUGGAGGCCACGCCCCCUCCAGCUCCAUGCGGACCUGAGUGAGGACAGCCUUUUUUCACUACGGGAGCACAACAGGGUGACAAGAACUAAAUCAUCCAGA